AUGGAAAAAAAAUAACAGAAUUAUGUAAUGAUCAUAACAUAAAUCCUUUUGAUGGUUGUUUUAAUUAUUAAUUUGAUGGAUUUAGUUAUUGUAUACAAAGUAAUUUUUUGGAAUGUCACUCUAAUUGUUAGCACGAUCUUUAUGGUGAGGAUUGUAUUCCUUUUUGUGGUGAUGGUAUAAUUGUUGGGUUUGAAGAGUGUGAUGAUUCAAAUUCAAUACCUUAUGAUGGUUGUCAUUUGUGAUAAUUCUCCUGUCCUCUAAAUUGCAUAUAUUGUUAAUUUGGUAUCUGCUUAAAUUGCAAUUCUUUAUUUUACUUAGUAAAUAAUAAUUGCAUCCCUUAUUUAUUAAAUUAUGAAAAAAAAUAAUAACUAAUUGAUCAUUUACCCAUACAACUUUAUUGUUUGCUGGAAUGUAUAGAAUGUGAGAACACACAUUGCAUAAAAUGUAUGACAGAGUGGAAUUUGUUUAAUUUUGAACGUGUUUAAUGUGAUGAUGCUGAUGCUGAUGAUUGUUACUUUCAUGAAGCAAUUUAUGGAGACGGUAGAGGAGAAGAUUUAGAAGAAUGUGAUGAUGGAAAUACAAUUCUAUUUGAUGGGUGUUAUGAAUGUUAAUACUAAUGUGAAUACAAUUGCAUUGAAUUUGUAGAAGGAGUAUGUUUAAAAUUAUCAAAAUUGAAAGAGCCAAUAAUAUUAGAGUGUGAGUUUGGAUUUCGUUUGAUUGAUCAAAAUUGGAAAUCUAAUUGUGGAGAUUAAAUUGUUGCAUCUGAUGAAAAAUGCGAUGAUGAUAAUAACGAACCUUUUGAUGGUUGAUUUUAAUGCUUAUACUCAUGAUCACUUUAUUGUUAGAAUUGUUAUGAAGGGUAGUGUUUAGCUUGUGAUGUUAGAUAUUAAUUAUAGAAUAAUAGAUGUUAUGAAUUAUGUGGAGAUGGGAUUAAGUUGAUUAAUGAAGAGUGUGAUGAUGGCAUAUAUUUUCUUUGGAUGGAUGUUCAGAAAAAUGUUAAAUUGAAGAUUUAUGGAUAUGUAGCGCAUAAGAUUAAGAAAGGAGUUUGUGCUUCCAAUUUGACAAUCCAACUCUUUAAUUACAAUAUAUAAAUAUGA